GCCUAGGUUUAUCACCACCACCGCCAUCACAACAUCAACUCUCCACCUACAGCAAGUUCCAACUCCCUCUGAUCUCUGAGAUUACAACACCAUUAACCAUACACACGCGCAUAUAUAUACAUACACAUAUAUAUAUAUAUCCAUACACAUCUCUGCGCGCUGUUGUUCCUGGCCGCUGUUUCUCCGCCCGGUCGCGGUUUCUCCUCCCCGAUCCCAUAUCAUCAUCCCACCUGGACGCGUCAGGAAAAGACCACCAAACUCCGAAGCAGGAAAACCCGCCACUUUUAGAGGCCUACAGUAACAUCACAGACGGCGGAGCGGAGCGGAGAUUGUGCCUGGACCGUCGUGCACAUCUCUUGGCCCCAUCCUGGCCAUCCGACAACGACAAUUGAUUGUUCCGUUUCACCAUUCCUCUGACCCUGACACCCAGCGCACACGCCCGCCGCGUGGAGAGCAUGCCGACGACACACGUUCCUGGUAGCGAUGACGGAGCGUGAGCCCGUUCCCGACCCAAUCCACGCCUUUCUCGAUUCCCUCGUCGAUGAGGGCCAACGUCUCGGCGAAAGUGCGCAACAACAACAACGACAACGACAACGACAUCCUCUCUCAACGGCCGCGGCGGAUCAUCCGCCAUCGUCUCUAUUAUCCUGCUGCUGCGGAAACCAAGCCUGCGCAUAUCUCGCUCACAAUCAAACCACCCUCAACGCCCUCGCGCGUGAUGUUUGCGAGGCCGGCAAGCUCGGCCAGGCGCUGCUGACCCGGCACGAAGCUUACGUCAAGGACUCGGAGCAAGACCGGUCCAACCUCGCCAUGAAGAUCGAAACCUUGGAGAAGGACAAGCUGGGCCUGGAGAAGCUCAACGCCGAUGUCGUCCGCGAGAACCGGGGAUUGCUCGACCAAUUGGAGUCCCUCAAUGACGCCAUCAUCGAUUCGGACAAUCAGGUCACCAACCUGCAGGCUACUUUGCAGUCCAGCCAACAAGAGAUCCACCGGUUGGCCCACCUCGCCGCGAGGACUGCGAAGCUGGAAUCGCAGAUCGCCGACUUUGAACGGGAUCAAGCCCGCUGGCAAUCGACCCUCACCGAUCGGGAACAGUCGGAGAAGGCCGCGUUGCGAAGAUGGCAGCAAUCGGAGAGGACUUUGGCCGACAUUUCACGACAGAUCGAAGCGAUCGAGCUGGAAGCGAAGGAGGAGCGAGAUCGGCACGCGGAGGUCGUGGCGCGGAUGGAACGCAGGCACGCCGUGGAGAGGGAACUCGACUCGUCAGCUGCUCGGUUGAAAGGUGCGGCCGCGGUCAAGACCGCAGAGAAUGCCACUCAAGGAACCAAUGUCGUGUCACACUUCGUUCGCGAUUUACUGCAAGACAACACAGCCCUACAGAGUGGCGUCCUGGAAUUGCGCGAGAUGCUGGACAACUCGAAUUUACAAGUGGAAGCCCUUCGUCGACAACUCACCGAUCAGCAGGUCUCUGCGCCGAUCACUCCUUCCGUAGUACGGCCACAGCCUGAAGCCAUCCGGACGGAUCUCAACGACGAGAUGAAACGGGCCAAUGCUCAAGAAUUACAUGUGCACCAUCAUUACCACGCGCCUUCUGCUCCCAAACAACCUGCUGUGAUCCGCCGUCCGAAGAAGAAACGAUAUGGCGCACUCAUGUCCGGUCACUUCACUCCCCCAACGUCAGGAAUCAGCACACCGCGAUCUUCGAUCUCGUACAGUGUCCCCUCGUCACAUGCCGCCAUCCUCUCCUCCACAGCCGCGAGCUUACCCGAGAACUAUCACGCGAUGCGUGCCUUUUCUGGUCCCAGCUCCCCCGGCUCGACGAAUCGCACAUCGUCCAUCUUCGACAACGUGUUCAGCGAUGCAGGUCUAGACUCUUCGCGACCCACCACCCCCGGUACCGAGGAACCCGCCUCUCCGAUGAUGUUCCCCAUCCAUUCCAAACGUUCAUCGAUCAGUUCCUUUCAGCACCGGAGCCGGCCUUCGGGGCAUCGGAGCCGCUCCUCGUUGGAUGCGAUCAUGGACGUCGGUUUCGAGCACCUCGAAGGUCUCGAUCUACGUAUGAACCAAGAGAGGCCCAUCCCCGAGGAGGAAGAUCUCUCCUGGGACGAGUCACAUCACCCAUCCGCCGAGGACGAAACCCCCAGUUCCAAUGACCAACACGCCGUCCCUUCCCUCUCCGACGAACUCGACCGCGCCUACGAACGCCGCAACCGACGCCUCCGCCGCGUCAACUCCCACGACUCCCUCCUCUCCGUCUCCGGCAUGGACAUCCAUCUCCCCGCCAACAGCACGAGCACCCUCAAACCCCGUCCCUCCCAACUCCUCGCGCCCUACAACUCCGCCUCCCGAUCUUUCACCACCCAGGCCGUCCUCAGCGACGCCACCGCCCACGCCGCCCGCCCGGCCAUCCUCUCCUCAUCGUCGUCCUCAUACGCUUCCACACACAGUCUCCUCAGCGGCAUGGCCGCCGACCGCUUACAUCCGAACAAAGCCUCCUCGUCCUCCUCAUCCUCCUCCACCAACAACAACGCAUCCUCCUCCUCGGGAAGCGGCAGCGGUCUCGGGAACCGCAUCGGCUGGGUCUUCGGGAAAUGGGGCGCGACCCCCACCCCCGCCGUCGAACCUCCCCCAUCAUCAUCGACAACAACGACCACAUCAACCGCCCGCUCCCCGAGCAUAUCCUCCGUGGCCGCCAGCACGACCAGCAGCAGCAUCGUCAGCAGCAGCAACAACAACAACACCGACGAUGACGUCCACGCAUCGCCCUCAGCCACCGACCCCCAACUCACGCCCAAACCGGCGCCUCUGCCCGCGCCCUCGAGGCUCCGCUCCUUCGGCGUCAACCAAUCCGGCCCCAUCCCGUUCUUCCCCGUCGAGACGAAGACCCCGCCGCGACCGCCCGUCGUGAACGUGCUGGACGAGGAGGGCUUGCGGAAAGUCCUCGACAUGGGAUGAAGAUCAAACACAUGGGGGUUUCGUCAUCCCAAGAACAACAACGAAAGCAUAAAAAUAUAGGGCGCAUGGCUGGGACUUCUUCCUUCGCCCACCCCCCCUUGCUUCGGAUGGAUUUCUCGUCGAGUGUGUCUGCGAAGUGGCUGUGAAGAACGAACACGGUCCAAUGAACAGGAUUGUCUGGAAUGAGGGCGCAGGAAUGAAUGCACGGUGGUGGUUUUUUUGUCGGCGGGGUGAACGGGGUGGAUGUCACGAUGAUGAUGAUGAUGGUAUGGGAACGAUUCCUCCCUCUCUCUCUCUCUCUCUCUAAAUUUCCUUUAUUCCUUCCUCUCUCUGUCGUCUCACGAGCAAACGCGGGAUUUCCUCACGCUGUGGUUUCUCGGCUGCCUCGUUUCUCGUUACAUCUCUCUCUCUCUCUCUCUCUCUCUCUCUCUCUCUCUCUCUG